CUUCCGCUUCUCUUCCGCGCGCACUCAUGGCGUCCGGGGCUCGUGAGCCCCGCGCUGGGGUUCCGCGAGUUUCCCGGGGAUGCAGUGUCCCUUUCCCAUCGAGCACCCGGUUCUGCUGCGAGGACCACCCCAGCCAGGGUUCAGGCCAGACCAGGGGGCCUCCGGUGGCGGAGGGUCCCGGCUCCCGCCUGCCACGAAACGUGCUCAGCGAGAGGGAGCGCAGGAAGCGGAUCUCCUUGAGCUGUGAGCGCUUGCGGGCUCUGCUGCCCUGGUUUGAUGGCCGGCGGGAGGACAUGGCCUCGGUCUUGGAGAUGGCAGUGCAGUUCCUCCAGCUGGCAGGCACCCUGGUGCCCGGCUGGGAGCAGCAGGCUGUUCUCGCUUCCUCCAAGGAGCCGUGGCUCGCGUGGCAGACGGAUGUCCUGCAGCUGGCCCUGGCGAGUCAGGCCCCGGCAGGCGCCCCGGACGCUAGCGCGGGAACGUCCAGUGUGAUGCAUCAGACCCCCCCGAGCUGCUCGGCCACGAGUGUGGACGAAGAUGAGGCCCAGUCAGGGGUGGCCGACGUGCCGGACAGGCCACUGGCCCCACCUGGUGAGCAUGAGUGGGUCCCAUCCUCCCUGUGUGCCGUCCCCAGCCAGGCCCACGAGGCUGCCACGAUGACCGUGUCCCCCUCAUGCUGGACGACCGGCUCCUCAAGCGUUCCCCGUGCAGGAUGCAGUGGGCAGGGGCGGUGGUCUUUGUGGGGGUUCACUCUCCCUGACCCACUCCUUGCUUCCCUCGUAGAGUCGCCCGGCCUCGUCCCCCGGUCCCCAGGCCCGAGACCCCCUAAGGUCCUGAGGCCAUCCCCUCUGUGGCCAGUUCGCUCGCAGCAGCCCCCCUCCCCGCUGGUGAGUGAGGAGCCUCGGAGCUGCCUAGGCCAGGCUGGGCCCCCCGCUCAGGGGGCCGACAAGGCCCUGAUGCUGGACUCCAGGUCUGUGUCAGGAUGUGAUGUGGCAGAUGGCGUGUCCUUUCUGCUGACCCCUGGUCCCGACUGGUGGCUGGGGUCCCUGGAGGGCAGAGGCAGUGGCACCCCUUCUCGGGCGGCCGCCAGGAGCAGCCCGCUGGACAGGCCUGAGCCAGGCUUCCUGGGAGACCCCGAGUCUGGCCCCAAGGAGGAGCCCCUGGAUGGGACCCUGGAGCCGUGGGGCUCGGAUGUGAGCUGCCCUAGCCCGGUCCUGCGGGACGAGGUGGACAGCAUCUUUCCUGACUUCUUCGCCUGCUGAGACCGGGGGCCCGGGGCCUUUUCAGCAGCGCGUGCCACACACUUGGGUGUUUUAUUCUGGGUUUGGGCUGCAGCUGUGGUCUAAUUCCAGCAAAGGCUGCUAGGACCGCGGGGAGCGGAGGCUGAGUAUUAAAAGAGGAGAGCAAUUUUCCUG